AUGUUUGAAGAUGCAGAUGAUAUCUUAGGAGAUAGAGUCAAUAGUAGUCAUAGCAGUAAUUCUGUUGCCAGUCAUACAUUCGAUAAGUUACUGGGAUUUGCCAUGGACAAUUCGCAAACACCAUAUUCAAGUGCCAAAACAAUUGAUGAUACUUUAGAUGUCAAACCCCCAAUUCUUAUGUUAAAUAACGAUAGUGGUACUUUUAUGAAUAAACAGGAAGAAUUGGAAGAAAAAGAAAUGGAAAUUAAUCAAGUUAAUAAUGGUGUCAAAUAUAAUGAUUUUUAUGGCUAUCAAACUAAUCAUUACGAUAGACAGUCACCUCAAGCGGUUCAAAUAUCUGCCGACAGUAGCAUACAAAAUAAGAGUUUAAAUGAUAAAGCUGCUAAUAAGAGGAAAGAUGUUGUUGUAGAUUCUAAUUCAACCAACAAUACUAUAAAAAAUAUUGAAAUUAUUCAAUUCAUUAUUAAUUCAUUAUCUGGUAAGGAUAAAAUAGCAAAACUAUUGAAAUCCAUCUUAGAUUUGAUCAAACUCUUUUUAAAAAAUUCAAGAAAUAAUAUUUUAAAAUGGGAUAUUUAUAUUCAAUCAUAUUAUAAGAAAUUUAUAUCAAUGCCAACUUCUAAUAAAUAUAAAUGGAAAUUAUUAAUUAAGCAUCCAAUUUCAUUCUUAAAGAUUUCAUUGUUAAUCUUCAUGGAAAAUUUUGAAAAAAAAUCUAAUUUUAUAACGACUCAACUAACUUUAUUCAGAUAUAUGCUACGAUUUGGUAAUACUCCAUUUCGGUUACUCGAAUUUAAAAAUAAAAUUCAAAAUACUAUAAAAGAAAUUUAUAUAGAUAAGACUCAGACGUUUGAUUUGGAGUAUUUGAAUAAAACUUGGUUCAAUGAGAGAACUUUAAUUGAUUUUUUGGCGUUAUAUUAUGGUAUUUGUGAUGAACUUUUAUUAUUGCAUAAAUUAAAAUUUUGGUCAAACAAAUCAAUGUAUAAAUUUGUUGAUAGACAUUCAACCAUAUCUUCUCAGUAUGAUUCCAUGUUAGCCGUGAAAAAUGUUGUUUUGAAAAUAAAAAAAAUUUCAAAUGAACAGCAAGAAUUGAAAAUCCAAUUACAAGUUAGAAGAACUGCUAUGCGAUUGACAGCUAAUUUAAGAUCCUCCACUUCUAGCAGUUAUAAGACAGAUGCAAGCGACAGAUCUUUAUCGCCUGUUAAAAAGCAAUUGGUAGAGGAAAUGAUGAGAUCCGAAUAUGGAAUUUAUAAUAAUUCAGAAUAUAAAAUAAAUCAAAGAUUAAAACAAUUGAAAACUGAAAAGAUAAACACCAUAUUAGAUUUUUUUAGAUUAUCAACAGAUCUAGCAGGAAAUUCAAUUGAUUAUUUCAAUGUUAAUGCACCACCUAUCGCAAGUCCAAUGCUAUCUUUCAUUUCAGCUCUUUUGGGUUGUAUAAAAUUAUGGAAAAAUGCUCAAAAUGAACUUGCUACUCGUAAGGUAUGA